AUGGCGUUUUUACCCCGGUUGCGAACCAGUGCGCAGACAUGUCUCUGCAUAUGCCUUGGUCUCGCUGCGCUGCACCCAGCGGUGUCCGCCCAACAGAUCCCGCUCAAAUCCUCCGUACAUGAGCCGCCCAGCUUCGACUUCACAUCCACUGCUCCUCACAUCUUCUCCUCACUUCGAUAUCUGUUGGAGCAGUGGCCCAACACGUACAUUCCGAACGGACACUCGAUUGUGCCGUGCGAGAUUCCGGCUUUUACAAACCUCUACCAUGGAAGACGAGAUGAGAAACUCCCCUCGAGCCCGGAGUGGUUCGCGUUCGACGCCGAAAUGUCCUACGGCAUCAUGGGCUCCAGCCGGAAUUCGCACCUACUAACGUACCAGAACGUCAGGCCGGUCCAGUGUCUGUAUUUCGACGGCAUGUCCGCGGCGCUGAUGGGCACGGGGCCGCUGGACUCGCAGAUGGUGUUCUUGUGCGGCAACACGACCUGCUCCGAGGGCGCCAAUGGGACGUGGCAUAGUCUCUUUGACGAGUACGCUCGUGCCAUGGCGCUGUGUGAGUGGGUGCAGAAGAACGAGCUGGGCGGGUUGGGUUGGGGCAUCGAGGGCAUCGUUCGGAUGAAUGCCGGUUUCGAGAUCAUCUGGUGCAACUUCACCAGCCCGAGCUUACGGCGAGUUAGCCACGUCAAUGUUUCCGUGCCGUUACUACCUGAGAGUUUCAGAGACGACGUCUUGAUUGGUGAAGCGGCGUUAAUGGAAUGGCUCAUGCUCCCUGGGAUGCUGGCCACGCGAACGAGCGCUGCUCCGUCAACCUCAGGUCGCGGUCCAGCAUCGGAGAUCCCAACAGGAGGCCCAGACAUGCCUCUCCCGCCGAACUGGCGGAGCAAGGCCGAGCUGGAACCCUUCCUGCAGGCGCAGAGCUUCGAAUGGUAUCGCAGCGCAGCCUGGCACAUGGGCAGUUCAGGUUCAUCUACGGGCCGACCUGAGGGGCGAGUCAAGCCGAACUUCUGCGGAUUUCUCAGCUACUAUGAUUCGAUGCUCACGGAGCUCUCGUCCGCCUUCGCUGAAGAGGAAAGGAUCCGUUUAAACCUGACCGCAGAUGGAAACUGGAGAGGCCCAGGCCGUCGUGGGAACCACAGCCUCGCGGUGAAAGAACUCUCAACCCGGCGCCGCUCACACAACCUCUCCCAGAUCACAAACUAUGAAGCCAACAUAAUGAGCGAGGCCGUCCUCUACACCCUUCGCGCCCUCAACCACUCCUCGUCGUCCUGCACAGGCAUCGACUGGGCCCAAAAGACAGUCGACAUAACCUCCCGCUUCUCUCGACCGCUGACCCAGGUCCUUCAGGUUCUUACAUCCCCGCCGGCCAACAACACGACCAACGCGACCUUCGUGAGGGAGUAUAUCGGCUCCCUCCGCUCGAAAUCGCACGCCAUGCUCAUGCCCUACCUGGCUUAUCCGCUGACCGCCGCUUCCCUCCCAGCAAUCCACGCCCGCUGUACGACAAGCCAAACAUCCGCGCUCCACGAACUCCGUUCCACCCUCCUCCCGACGGAACAAUCCCUCGUCAACAACCUCGAGACCGUCCUCUCAACCAUCUGCACCACGACCCUCUCACUAGCCUUCUCCGUCGAGCAGACCUGGCAGACAUACUACCAGCACCACAACGCCUCCUCUCCGAUCCCCACCGUCCCCGAGUCGGUCGUGCACGCCCUGGUCACGGAGCACAGUGCUUCCAUCUCCCUGCUGCGCGCCUGGCUGGGCUGGUUCCCGGACGAGAUACAAUGCAACCGCGUCUGCGCCGUCGACGAAUUCUGCUUCAUCCCCAUCUGGCCGCUCCUGUUCCUCGAGCCGCGGGGCGCACCUGGCGGCGGCCGUCGAACACCGCCACACCACCCACCGCCGCCUGGACGGGGGCGAGGGCCGGCACCACCCGGGCGAGGUCCACCACGUGGAGGCAACCCUUGGGGGGAUUUGGAGAGCCAGUUGUGGGAGCCGCAGUGUUUGAAGGUUUUGGAUUAGAUUGGGAAAGUGGCCGGUUGGUGGUAGUGGUCCUGAAAGUCUACAUGCGCCAAGGAUGGAGAAAUCUAUAUCUACAUCAUGCUGGUUCAAGCGCCGUGAGGAAAGACCUCGGGGGUCGUUCGGAAAUAACAGGAGACAGUCCGGGUCGUCUUCACAUCCGCCGAACUGUGUCAUUAUACUGUGCUGAACUUAGCAAGACAGGAGAAUUUACGAAACGACUCCGUUGAUCUAUAUAGAGAGACUUCGAGCCGGCACGAGGCUAGCUGGAAAGGGGGAUAUCAUUGGACAGCCAAGUAUCUGCAAGCCGAACGAACUGAGAGGCCUUAGUUAAAUAGAGG